CCGGAAGAAGGUGAAAAGUAGGCAAUGGUGAGCUUGUUUUCAUAUCUUUUGUGAAGACGACUUUAUUUUCUCCAAUUUAGUAUUGACUGUCUCUAUUGGCAUUAUCCAGUCCCAAUACUACUACAUAGACUUGUCCAGACAAAACAAUGGCUUACAGGAGAGACCGAAACAUAAGGGAUGUCUAUGACGAACGCUUCCUAUCAGACAGACCGGCCCCAUAUCCCAGAUCAGCUGGAGCAGGGCCUGUAGAGAGGAGGCCGGCUGGUUUCGGAAGGCCAGACGAGGAGUACAAUCGAGGGUUUGAGUACGACGGGCCUCGCUUUUAUCCAAAUGGAGGCCCUCGAGGUUACCAUGGCGAGGAUCAAAGAGGCUACCAUGGCGACAGCCUUCAUUUUCCUAACGAGCGCAGAGGUAUCCCACCUUCCCGGAGACCGGAGGAGCCGUACCCCUACCCUUCUAGACCACCUCCUAGAGAGGACCCCCACACAACACGCCAGAUGGAGUUCAGAAGCAGUGGCCGUGCAGCACCACCUCCCCCCACCGUCAGGGCUCAGGGGAUGUACCCUGCACCCCGCUCCCUGUCUGUUGUGGUCCCAGAGGGGGGUGAUGACACCCUGAUGCAGGCCAUCCUCAACCUGGACAGAGGAAGGAAAGGCCCCUUGCCUCCCCUGAGAGCAGACGUCCCCCCCUCCCCCCACAGCCGGUCCGGCUCCACCGUCAGUAGCAAGAGCUACUCUCCUGACAGAGGCAAGGGUCUCACCCACCCCGCCCAGCAGAAAAACAAAGACAGGCCCCCUGGUCAUUCUCAGGACGGGUCACCUCAGAGCACAGCGUCCACUAAGGAGGAGGCUCAUAUCCAAGAGUGGGACCGUGAGGAGGGCCUGCCCCCCAUCGAUGAGACCCCCAAGACCCAGGAUGACUUCCAGGAGCGUCGAGCGCUGGCCAUCGGAUCCAAGGCCCGGGAAAUAGAGAAGGUGUACCGGCAGGACUGUGAGACGUUUGGCAUGGUAGUGAAGAUGCUGGUUGCUAAGGACGCCAAUCUGGAGAAGCAGCUGCAGACUCCACUCCGAGAGAACCUGGGAGAGAUCAGGGAGCGUUGCCUUGACGACCUCAAGCACUUCAUCUCCGAUCUGGAUCAGGUGAUUGAGGUCGUACGACAACCGGAACCCUCCAUCUGAGACAAACAGCCAAUCGCGUCCCAUCUUACUGUAAGGGAGCCAAUCAGGUCCAGUCUUUGUUGGGCCUCCAGUUUGGGCAUACAGUGAGGGCAGGACUCCCAGGGGUCUGCCAUGUGUUAUGACUAUGGAUAUCUUGAGCGGUAUUGGCCCCGUGUUUUCCCAUCUUUCUGGGUUUCAGGCCGGAUGUGCACCAGGUGACCAAUAUGUACUGAUAAUGUCCAGCAGUAAUUAGUCAAUGUUGUCAGAAACAGUGUUCAAAGUCCUGUUCAGCUACUUCCUCACCACCCCAUGAGGGUAUUGGUUCUACAAUGUCCUUAACUAGUAGAACUGGUAUUUAAAUUUGGCUAAUAGUUCAUCUGGGAUUUACUGAUUUUAAAACUGUUGUUAACCAGUGUAACCAUAGGGAACGGUCAUCAGUGUUUUUUACUGAACUAGUAAUCUAAUGAUGAUGUGUGACGUGUUAUAGGUCCGUAUCCACUGGUACCACAGACAAUGUUCUGCUACUACAGUACCAGUCAAAAGUUUGGACACACCUACUAAUUCAAGGGUUUUUCUUUAUUUUUACUAUUUUCUACAUUG